AUGGCGGCUCGCUGCUGGGUGAGCUCCGUGUGGAGCAAAAGACAGUCUUUAAGUGUUUGGAGCCCUCUGAGGAGUUUAGCAAUGGGCAAUAAUACUUUUAAUGCGACUUAUCUUCCACGUUUACACGGACCUGUAGUGUCGGUGUUGGCGGUGCAGAGCAGAGGGAUAAGACAAGUGGCGGAGAAACAGGAAGGCAACACAACAACUCUUGAAGGUAAAAUACUGGACACACCACCUGCGCCAGAACCCCCAAACCCUGCAGCAAAAUGUCCCAUCUACAGAUGGAAUCUUCAAAAUAAAUACAAUUACACAGAUGUGUUGUUGCUGAGUCAGUUCAUCAGGUCAGAUGGAGGGAUGCUGCCGCGGAGGAUCACUGGUCUCUGUUCUGAGGAACACCGUAAGAUUGUUGCGUGUGUGCAGAUGGCUCAUCGUGCAGGUCUGCUUCCGGACCACAAACCCAAACUUCCAGAAGGUCAUGUUCCAUCUACCAAGAAACCUGCACCCAAACUCAACAGAUACUUGACUCGUUGGUCAAUCGACACAGUGAAACCCAUCUACAAAAAGGGACUAAAGUGGAAUAAGAAGCCCAUGCCCGUAGGAAGCCCUCUGCUCAAGGACAAUGUGCGCUAUGGUGUCAAACAUUUGUGUAUAAAACAGUAA